AUGCCUCGUGCAACCUCUUUUGCUUCAGUAUCAGGUGGAGCAUUUGUAUCCGAAGCAACUCUUUCUUGUGAGUUUUCUUGUGAGUUUUCAGGUGGGUUUUCAGGUGGAGCAUCUCUAUCUGGAGCCAUUGAACCUGUAUCAAACAAACUAAAGCACAUUAGUACACUAUUAACACUAACUUUAUCACUAAUUACUAUCGGAUACUAUCCUUAUCUUACAAGCAGGACUAGAGAAGGUGCUUUACCUCUAAGAAGUUCAAGUGGUAUAUCCUCAAUUGGAGGGUAUCAAAAGCAAAAAGGGAUUAUAAUACAUAACAAAAAUGAUAAGGCAAAAGCAGAAGCUUGGGAAAAGGCUAAGCUACAAAGGAUUCAAAAGAGGUAUGAGAAGAUGAAGCUCCAAAUCCUUUCUUGGGAAGGGGAGAAAAGAAUCCAAGCCAAAAUCCAAAUGGAAAGGAAAAAGAAUGAAAUGGAUCAUCAAAGAGAAAAUGUAAUAGAACAUUACAAGAGAAAGAUAGCAAGGUUAGAUAUGAUUGGACAAAGAGCAAUCAAAGAGUUGGAAGAUCAAAGAAGAAAACAAGAGUUGAAAGUCAAAGAAAAAGCUAACAAAAUUAAAAAAACUGGCAGGGUGCCUGUCACAUGUUUCUGUUUCAAGUCUUUAUAG